UCGUUACCACGUUAGUAGAGUGUUUGUGGUACUUUACCCAAUUUAUCUGGUGAUAGUCGCUGGCAAAAUGGCCUCUGCGUACUGCCUUUGUCUCGUUUUGAUUCUCCUGGGCACGUCAAACGCGCAGUUGGGAGGAGAGCCACACGAUAAUGCCCACCGAGAGUCCAUGGUGUCCGUCGGCAGAGCGGUAGCUGCGGCGGUGUCGUCCGUUCCGCUUCGCAACGCUGCAGUCCCCGGGCUGCGUAUGCCCGUAGUGGGAAUCGGCACGGGUGGCUACGCCUUUUCUCCGUCGCAGCACGGAGAGAUAUGGAAUGACACCACUGCCCAAAAGGCUGUGCGUAAAUGGAUACAGCUGGGUGGACGUCGUAUUGAUGCCAGUUAUAGCUAUACAGACCAGAUUGGGGUUGGCAAGGCCAUUGCUGCUGCUAUUGCCGCUGGUGAAGUGACCCGGGAGGAGCUGUUUGUCGUGUCCAAGGUUGGAAGUGGAGGUCUGAUUCCCGGUGCAGCCAUGGGUUACAAUGACACAAUGGUUCAGAUUGGCCCCAUUUUAUCAUCAUUGCAGAUGAAGUACGUUGAUCUGCUUCUCAUCCACUGGCCUGGACCACCGGGCAAGAGUAAAGAUCCAGCUUGCCAAGGUCAGCCAGCCACAUUCAAGACUUGUCGCCAGCAAACAUGGAAAGCUCUCCAGGACAUGUUCAAACAAGGUGAAUGAAAGCAACAGAAAACAGUGUCUGUCGGAUUGUC